AUGGAUUUCACCACCACCCAUUAUAUCUCCGAACUUCAUCUCAACAAACUUUUAUCAAAAAACGCAACACCACCCGCGAAAAAUAAAAUAAUAAUCACUCAUCGUUGGCAAAACAAUCAGGUUAUACUUACUCCUAAUUCCUUUAUUAUAAUGACUUCUAUACCGUCUGAUAUAAAACUACCGCCAUCUGAUAUUAAACAAACCAUUGAUAAAACAGUAGGCUAUGUUCUUAAGAAUGGAAAAUCUUUUGAAGAACGAUUAUUGACAAAUAAUAAAAAUGAUAAAUUCACUUUCAUCAAACAAGAUAAUGAGUAUUAUCCUUAUUAUAAAUGGAAAUUAGACUCAUUAAAGAAAACUCAAGAACUAACUGAACCAUUCACUGAAGAUCAAUUACAAGAUGAAGAGAAUAUAAGAAUUGCAAAACCACCAGAUUUACCCUUUUUAAUUGAUUUACCCAUUAUUUCACAACGUGAUCUAGAUGUCAUUAAAGCAACGGCAUUAUACAUUGCUCAAAAUGGUAAACAAAAAAUCCCAAAAUUAUUACAACAUGAAACAAAAUUGAAUAAUCGAGCUCAAUUUGAAUUUUUAAAUGAAUCUCAUUCAUUACAUGGGUUAUUUCAAAAGUAUAUUCAACAAUAUAAAACGGUAAUUGCUUUAUACAAAAACUCUCCAGAAGAAAAUGACGAAGAAUAUCAUUUGUUACGACAACUAAUCCAGAGCCCACGAGGAGAAUAUGAUAUUUUAACCCAAGCUUAUAAUCGGGCACAAUAUAUAAAACAAAAUAAGGUGAUAGAAAAAAGAGAACAAGAAGAAUCAAAAGCUCGACAAUUGCAUUAUGCACUGAUAGAUUGGCAAGAUUUUUCAUUAAUUGCUAAAGUUGAUUUUAAUGCGAUUGAUGCAGUUAAAGAAUUGAGUAUACCGUUGAAACGAGAUGAUUUGAUUAAACGAUCAUUGGAUGCCAGAAGUAAAGAUAUUGAAUUGCCAAAAGUGGCAGCAGCAGCAGCAGCAGCAGUGGUGGCAACAACCACACCAGAAGUAAUUAACACCAAAGACCAAGUUCAAACUCAAGAUGAGAAACAAUCUAGUUCUGAAGCUGAUAAUGGUACUCCAGUCCCAUCUGCGCCACCAAUCAAAGGUAUGAAAAUUAGAGCUGCUGGGACUUCUAGAUUGAAAAAACCACUGGAAACAAACACAACAAUGACUACGAAAAACACCAUUAAAUGUCCUAUCACUGGGAAACUAAUUCCAGAAAAUGAAUUCGACACUCAUAUCAAAACUUUGUUACGUGAUCCAAGGUAUAAAAAAGAACAAGAGAAUUAUAUACGGAAGAAUUUCAGUUAUGCAUCCAAUAUUACCACUGAUCAAGUGUAUGAAAAUAUCAAACGAUUUGUCAAGAAAAGGACUAAUAUCGAAGAUGAAAACCUGACAAAGAAAAAAAAAGUCCACAAGUAG